AAGUUAAUUUGUGGGGAUGUGUGCAAAAUGAAACUGCUCCUUCUCUCGCUUUCCUUUCCAUUUCCUUUCCUUGCCUUUUCUCCUUUACCGUUUCAAGCUCUGACUUAGAUCACUCACUGUCAGACACGCACACACUAAUAAAAUCCCUUCAAGUCUCUAGCAAGUAGCAAGGUUUCGUUCGGGUUAGGGUUGCUUUGUUUUUCUUCAUUUCUGUAAUUUUCAUAGCAGCAGCUGCUCUCUAAUGUCAAACCCCCUGGGACUGGGAGAGCUCUCCUUCUUGAGGGAGCCCUUUGUUCUUGUUUUCUUUCUUAUUGUCUAAAACUUCUUUGAUGUGAUCACUGUGACACUGAUUUGAGAUCAAAUAAUCUGAAGUUUGGAUUUUUGCUCUCUUUCAAAGCUGCUGGUUUGGUGGUUUUUUUUUUUUUUUUAAAAAAAGCAGUAGUUGGGGUCUUUUCUUGAAACUAAAAACAAACGCAGAGGAUUCUCACAAAAUUACACACUCAGAUUAUGUGUCUGUUCAUGGUAUUACAUAUGUAUUGUUCUUAAACUCUGCAAAAGAAGAAGAAGAAGAAUUCCAUCUUUCUUUUUGUUUGAGUUUCAAGAUUCUUCUUUGUUAAGCUCAAAUCAUACUGUUCUUUUCCUUUCUCCUUUUGUUAUGUCUUGCAAAGAGGAAGAGAACCAAAGAAUCUUAACCCCCAUAAAGAAAGCAGACACCUCCUGAUUCCUUUAUUUAUCUGUGUUUGAUUAUUUAUUUUGUGGUGGAAAUGGCCAUGGAAGUGGCCCCUCUGCACCGAGAGAGCAGCAGUAGUGGGAGCAUGAACAAGCACCUUACUGAUGAUGGGAAGUAUGUUCGGUACACAGCAGAGCAAGUGGAGGCUCUUGAAAGAGUUUACGCGGAGUGCCCUAAGCCCAGCUCUUUGCGUAGGCAACAAUUGAUUAGAGAGUGCCCCAUUUUAGCUAACAUUGAGCCGAAGCAGAUCAAAGUCUGGUUUCAAAAUCGCAGGUGUAGAGAGAAGCAGAGAAAAGAGUCCUCAAGACUCCAGACUGUGAACAGGAAAUUGACAGCAAUGAAUAAACUUUUGAUGGAGGAGAAUGAUCGCCUUCAAAAACAGGUGUCACAGCUGGUGUGCGAAAAUGGUUUCAUGCAGCAACAACUGCAAACUGCACCAACAGCAAAUGAUGCAAGCUGUGACUCUGUGGUCGCUACUCCACAACAUUCACUAAGAGAUGCCAAUAACCCUGCUGGACUCCUCUCAAUAGCAGAGGAGACCUUGUCAGAGUUCCUUGCAAAGGCCACAGGAACUGCUGUCGAGUGGGUCCAGAUGCCUGGAAUGAAGCCUGGUCCGGAUUCGAUUGGGAUUUUUUCCAUUUCACAAAGGCGCAGUGGAGUGGCAGCAAGAGCCUGCAGUCUUGUAAGUUUAGAGCCUAAAAAGAUUGCAGAGAUCCUUAAAGAUCGUCCAUCUUGGUUCCGUGAUUGUCGGAACCUUGAAGUUUUCACUAUGUUUCCUGCUGGAAAUGGUGGAACAAUUGAACUAGUGUACAGUCAGAUAUAUGCUCCAACUACUCUUGCUCCAGCACGGGAUAUGUGGACUCUGAGAUACACUACAAGUUUAGAGAAUGGCAGCCUUGUGGUCUGUGAGAGAUCACUUUCUGGUUAUGGUGCUGGCCCCAAUGCAGCUGCCGCUGCCCAGUUUGUGAGGGCUGAAAUGCUUCCUAGUGGCGAUUUGAUAAGGCCAUGUGAAGGAGGGUCAAUUAUCCACAUCGUGGAUCACCUGAAUCUUCAGGCAUGGAGCGUGCCUGAGGUGCUUCGACCACUUUAUGAAUCAUCAAAAGCAGUGGCACAGAAAAUGACCAUUGCGGCACUGCGUUAUGUCAGGCAAGUAGCUCAUGAAACCAGUGGUGAGGUGGUGCAUGGUUUGGGCAGGCAACCAGCUGUUCUGAGAACCUUUAACCAAAGAUUAAGCAGAGGUUUCAAUGAUGCCAUCAAUGGGUUUAAUGAUGAUGGCUGGUCACUGAUGAAUGCGGAUGGAGCUGAGGAUGUAAUAAUUGCAGUUAACUCAACCAAGAAUUUGAUUGGUGCUAAUAAUUCUGCUCAUUCUCUUUCGUUCUUGGGAGGGAUUCUUUGUGCAAAAGCUUCCAUGCUACUGCAAAAUGUGCAUCCUGCUGUGCUGGUCUGUUUCCUAAGGGAGCAUCAUGCUGAGUGGGCUGAUUUCAGUGUUGAUGCCUAUUCUGCUGCAUUGUGGAAAGCUGGUUCAUAUGCAUAUCCAGGAAUGAGGCCCAUGAGGUUUACUGGGAGCCAAAUCACCAUGCCACUGGGCCACACAAUUGAACAAGAAGAGUUGCUUGAAGUUAUUCGACUUGAAGGCCAUUCUUUUGCACAAGAAGAUGCUUUUGUUUCACAGGACAUCCAUCUCCUACAGAUAUGUAGUGGAAUUGAUGAGAAUGCUGUUGGAGCCUGUUCUGAACUAGUUUUUGCUCCAAUUGAUGAAAUGUUUCCUGAUGAUGCUCCACUGCUACCUUCUGGUUUCCGCAUCAUUCCUCUGGAAUCAAAAGCAAAGGAUACACAGGAGGUAGUGACUACAAAUUGUACUCUGGAUCUAACAUCAAGUCUUGAAGCGGGGCUGGCGAUAAACCACGCUGCAGUGGAUGGCUCAUCGUGUCAUAGUUUGCGAUCAGUGUUGACUAUUGCCUUCCAGUUCCCUUUUGAGAGCAAUCUACAGGAUAAUGUUGCCACCAUGGCACGUCAGUAUGUACGUAGUGUGAUUUCAUCUGUCCAGAGGGUUGCCAUGGCCAUAUCUCCAUCAGGAUUGAGUCCAGUUUUGGGACCAAAGCUAUCUGCAGGAUCUCCUGAAGCUCUAACCUUGGCUCACUGGAUCUGCCAAAGUCACAGUUACCAUUUAGGAGCAGAAUUACUGAGAUCUGAUUCUGUGGGUGGCGAUUCUGUCCUGAAACAUCUAUGGCAUCAUCCAGAUGCAAUUUUAUGUUGUUCAUUGAAGUCGCUGCCAGUUUUCAUCUUUGCCAAUCAGGCAGGGCUUGACAUGCUGGAGACAACUCUAGUGGCUCUACAAGAUAUCACACUCGAUAGGAUAUUCAGUGAAUCUGGACGCAAGGCAUUGUAUACAGAAUUUGCAAAGUUAAUGCAGCAGGGAUUUGCAUGCCUGCCUGCUGGAAUCUGCAUGUCAACAAUGGGGCGUAAUGUUUCAUAUGAGCAAGCUGUUGCUUGGAAAGUGCUAUCUGCAGAAGAGAACGUUGUUCAUUGCAUUGCUUUCUCGUUUGUAAACUGGUCUUUUUUGUGAACUCCACAGUUCAUUUAUCCAACUAUGCAGUCGAAUACGAGAACAACGGUAUGGUAGAGAUUUUUGAAAAUGAAAAGAGGAGUUUUAUAGUAAAUAUCUAAACCCAGCUGCAGGUUUUUGCCUUGUCCAUGUAAAUAAAUAUAUCUUCUCCUUUGCAAUUUCACUGGAGCUUUUCUUGCA